CAACGGCCACUUUUGCUGCGAUGAAAACUCUGAAAAACUGAGAACCAAGAAGUCAAUUCGUUUUUGAGCCCAUCAAUCUGUCAGAAAAAUAUUUUGGGUUUUUGGUCUUCACCUAUUGCACUGAAACUUCAAUUUCAUGUGAUAGAAUUGCAAGAUCAAUUUGAUUUCCAGUCGAAUUCAUUGCACGAGCUGAAUUCUUCGUUCUUGGGUAGUUCUUGGGUUUCUUGGAUUAGUUCCGGUCUUUUUCCUUUCAAAUCGUAGUCACUUUAGUUUCUCUGAAUUCAAUUUCUUGAGGUAAUUCUUGGGCUCUCAAGGCCAUGGCAACAUUGGCACCCGGAAUUCUGUUGAAGCUUCUCGAUGGAAUGAAUACAGGGGUCAAAGCCACUAGCGAGCACCGGAACUCGCUUUUGCAGGUGACAGACAUCGUCCCAGCCGAUCUUGAUGAGAAGAAUCUCUGGCCGAAGCACGGGUUCUACAUCAAAGUUUCCGAUUCUUCCCACUCAAUCUAUGUCAGUCUUCCCUCUGAACAUAAUGAUUUUGUUCUCAGCAAUAAAAUGCAGCUAGGCCAGUUCAUCUAUGUCGAUAGAUUGGAACCAGGAUCUCCGGUUCCUGUCAUUAAAGGUGCGAAACCACUUCCGGGCCGACACCCAUUUGUUGGCACGCCGGAGCCGUUAAUGGGUCUUAGAGAGAAAGGUGAGCCAAAGUCCAAUUCGAAGCCCUCAGCUAACAGAAGGGGUUCGUGGGGAACAGGACCGAAUGGGACAGAUGGUGUUUCUUCUCCCUUGGUUUGCAAGCCGGUUAAUUUGGACUUCGAUCAGUGUACUCCGGUGAAAGAUCGUGGUAGUUCUGUGAAAAAUGGGAACAAUAAUUUUCCCAUGUCUCCGAUGAUAAGAGGGAGGUUUGGGAAGGAUGGAAAUUCUAGUGCUGGUAUUAGAUGUUCGUUUGGGGGUGGGCUGUUGGCGAAGAUGGUGGAUACCAAGGCAGAAAGCCCUGCAUUGCUUAGGAAAAGCUGUGCAGUCCCUUCUGCGUCCAAAUUUCCUAGGAGCAGGAGUGUUUGCGAAAGAGAGCCUAAGAUCCCAAUAAGUCCCUUCAACCCCACUGAAAAGAAAAGUUUGACUCCUACACCACGUUCGCGGAGUGCAAGAGUGGCAGCUUCCCUCAAUGUGGCUGGAGAUGCCCAGAACUCCAACUGUAACAUGACUACUCAAUCACAACCUGAGUCCGGUAAUUCAGCCUCUGAGAUCAGCACCAGCCUCCACAUGAACUUACCUGGAAAACUUAGCACACUGGGCAAGGAUGCGGUGCAGCAGCGAGAAACGGCUCAGAAGAUUGCCCUUCAAGCACUGAGAGAUGCCGCAGCUACUGAGACAUUAGUUCGGUCUCUCAAGACAUUGUCAAACUUAAGCAAAUCAGCUAGGCCUGACGCUCCAGCAGCCUGUUUUGAUCGGUUUCUAGAAUUUCAUCAUCAAAUUGUGCAAGCAGUGACAGACAUGGUGUCCAUUCAAGCAGCUACCUCAACCUCCGAAAUGGCUCAAAAUACAAAUGCAAAAAGGAAAGAUAGCCCCACCGAAGAAGAGUCCCCAAUUCUACACGAAAUCAUACCCAACUCGAUGGACCAAAGCCAAAAUGCAGAACUAAAUUUAUCCAAAAGGAGAAAUGCAUUAUACAAAUCCAUUGCAUCCUUUCCUGAAAGAGGUGGUGGUGAGCAGAGGACAAAUCUGGUGGGAAGACUCCUGAGAUCAAAUAGCAACCCGAAGGCAUUUUUGGAAAGAAAAGGACCGUCCACCCCACUUGGAAAACUGCCGCUUGAAGCUGUUCGUGAGAAUGAUGAAAAUAAGAAACCAUCCUCUUGCAGCCUAAGCAGUACAGUCAAAUUGGGGAAGCAGAUUGAAACAGAAGCUGGAAACUGGUUUAUGGACUUCCUGGAGAGGGCUUUGGAAACAGGCAUGAAGAAAAUGAAAGGAGUGGCAGAUGGGGAUGCUCGGAAGGUUCCUCAAUCUCUCAUACUUAAAAUUAUUAACUGGGUGGAGGUAGAGCAGUGCGAUUCUAAUAAGCGACCCGUUCAUCCCAAAGCUGCACAGAUAGCACGGAAGUUAAGGAUCAAGAUGAAGAAUCCUUGAAAGUCACUAGCAUAUAGAAUAUAAGCAGUGUGUAUCAAAUUAUCUUUGAGUGCAUGUGAAAACUACUGGCAGUGUGUGUCCAAAACCAUAUGGAGAUUCUGUUUGUGUUUGUUGAAUCUCUCACGUACGUGAUAGGCUGUAUGACUUGAAGCAUUAUUGUCUAAUUGAUAAAUUCUUUCAUUUCUCUCUGACCAA